AUGGCAAGUACAUCACCACCACCACCAAGGCCAAAGAGUUCAGGUCAUUUUAUUGGAGCACAAAACACAUCAUGUACAAGACAAGCCAGCUCUGGUGGGAAACGGCAUCCGCUUUGCCUCCGAUUGCUGCUGCUUUUUGCCUUCACAUCCCUGAUACAAUCCCAAUCAUCUGAUCCCCGGUUUCCGCCUCCAUCAUCGUCAUCGUCAGCAUCUUCAUCGUCAGCAUCUUCAUCGUCAUCGUCUGGAACGGAAUCACAACAACAGCAGCAAUAUGGACCCCAACAACAACAGCAGCAACAAUCAACAUCAUCAUCCUCAUCAUCCUCUUCUCAGGCACAGCAGGAUACCACCACAGAACAAGCAUACAGUUAUGGAUUAGCCGAAACCGUCACGGGGGAUUACAGCCUCAUGGAUCAUAGUACUCACAGUGGCGAAAACAAUCCAAACACAAAGUCUCUCAUUAUCAAUAUUCCUUCCCUGGGAAAAUUGCAGGGAAAACGGGAUGCUGGUAUUGACUUUUAUGGCGGAAUACCCUAUGCGGCACCGGCGGUGGGACAGUUGCGAUUUGCGCCGCCCGAACCACCACCACCGUGGGCUCCGGUCGUUUUGGAUGGAACUCACUACGGACCCGAUUGUUGGCAGCUCGAAGACAGUGUCAUGAAUCCCGGUGCCAAAAAGGAAUUCAUGAGUGAAGAUUGUUUGAGUCUCAAUAUUUUUACACCGGCAGGACAUGCCAGGCGAGUGGGAAGUGGCGGAGGAGGAUUGUUUGGUGGAAGUGGCCCUUCCACGAGCAAUGCCAAGCUCCAGGAAAAAUUACUCCCCGUGUUGGUAUGGUUGCACGGUGGAGCCUUUCAGCAGGGUGGGGCUCGACGUCCGGAAUACAAUGGACAUCGAUUGGCAGAACGAGACGUGAUUGUCGUUACCAUCAAUUAUCGUCUUGGCGCUCUCGGAUUUCUGGUUUCCAGCACGGACGGGAUUACGGGCAAUUUUGGAUUGAUGGAUCAGCGGGCGGCUCUUCAUUUUGUACACGAUAAUAUCAUUCAUUUUGGAGGCGAUCCUAGUCGAGUCACCUUGUUUGGAGAAUCCGCAGGCGCCGCCAUGACGGGACAACACUUGAUGAUGGAAGGAGCCGGGACGUUGUUCCAAGCCGCCAUUAUGCAAAGCAAUCCGCUGGGCUACCACUUUCGCUCGGUCGUCAUUGCUGAUUUUAUCGGAGAAGCUCUCAAGAGGAGUGUCGAUUGUCGCGAUUUGGAAUGUUUACGGGCGGAACGAGUGGAGGAAAUCAUGCUGGCACAAAAAAGCCUCAUGGGAGUGCCGCGAUCGGUCAGUGAUGUCUUUACGUGGGGACCGACUCUCACGCAGGAACGAAACUUAAAUGUUGGUGGAGCCGGGGCAUCUUCCUCCUCGUCUUCGGGGGCUGCCUCGUCGGGCGGGCGAUUGAACAUGUUUCAAGACGGAUUGCUGGUAGAUUAUGAAGAUAUUCAGCACCAACGUCGCCGCCGCAACAAGGGGAAACGAGCCCGAGAUGCCUACUCUGUCAACGUCACCCAACCACUGAAAGGUCUUCAUCUCAUCCCUGAUCAUAUUCCCAUUAUCAUUGGAAGCAAUCAACACGAGGGAGAAAUGUUCGUCCACUCGGCAUUCCCCAUCACCAUGUCCAAACCGGUCUAUUGGAUGUUCGUGGGCGCCUUGUUUCGAGAUAGCGCCUCCCGUGUCCUCAAGCACUAUCGGGGCUAUGUGGAUCAGAUUGAGGCUGAAGCCAAUGAACUCGCACGAAAACAAGUCGAUGAGGAGGAGAACAAACUAUACUAUCUAGAGCAUCAGAAACAACUGGAAGAAGAAUACGAAAUGCUCCUGGCUAUGAACGCUUCCCGUCGCGUCGUUCAAGAACGGGAUGCAGGCUUUCAGGCACUCAUGAACUCCUGGAGUACGGGCGGUGCUCAGGACGAUCCUCCUGGUAACUCUGAAGAUUCUAUGAAUGGCACUUCAACCAAAGGGUGGUACAGCAAUAUCUUUCAGGCAUGGAUGGGUCAGUCACAACCAACGUCUCCCAAGGAUGGCUCGAAAGAAGACUCCUUAGUCGCCACGGAUAGAAAAGUCACAACUGGUAGAAGCAAUUGGCCAAAUCUGGGCCGUUUUCGUCCAAGGAGAAUCCCAUCAAUGCGUCGGAUACGGAAUAUUAUGAGUAUGGCCAAGAAGCGAGUUCCCUUCUUACAAGAGAAGGACCCAAGAAUCGAAGCCGAAAAGGCAGCAGAACGAGAGCUCAGGCGCAAGGCCAGGGCAAAACAAAAGGUGCUCAAGGAAGCUGCCAAGGUUGUCGUUGAUUACCGUCCUGUCAUGAGCCGAAUCAUCACUGACUACCUGUUCCGCUGCCCCAGCUGGCACUAUGCUCAUGUUCUCAGUCGCAAUCGGGUCCAGAACAGUGACAAUGCGUUCAAUCAGCAACAAGGGGGCGGUGACACCAUGGACGACAGUCGGUCAAGGGCUGGCAAAAGAGACGCCAAGCACAAGUACAAACGAAGUCGAAACAACAACAAUGUCUAUGUCUACCGUUUCAGCCAGCCUACUCACAUUCCAGGCUAUAAGGAAUGUUGGGGGAAAUCAUGCCACACAGCGGAGCUUCCGUAUGUUUUCGAGGCGAUGUCAAUCAUUCGAUCACAUUACUCGACGUUGGGCCCCUUUGCGCAAGCGGAAGCCCCCGUGGCUCCCGAGUACCCCUUCACCGAUAUUUUGACUGCGUAUCAAGGGGCUCUGGAAGAAAUGGAGGAGGACGAAGAUCUAUUUGACAUGCCGGAUGAGUAUGAUGAUGAUGAUGACGACGACGAAGUGGAGGACUUGAUGUGGAAAGGAAGCAGCGCUUGGAAAGCAAACGAGUUUGGUCGAGGAGGAGAUCAGUCAUCCGACAGCUCAUCAACAUCGCCCGCGGGGCUUUCGUCGCUGCUGACCAACUAUUCCUCGUCUACCAGAGCUCAGCGAAACAACAACAUGCCCGAGUCCAAGGCCUUUCAACGCGUGUUGAAAAACAUGUUUGGUGACUACUUCGUGGAAGAUGCGGAUGAGGAGAUUGCGGCUGAUAUGGCCGAGCGAUGGGUAGCGUUUGCCAAGUUCGGCGAACCCAACUACGACGGCAGCAAGGCAAACUGGCUACCCUGGCGCUAUCUGCCAACCCAGACUACAGAUGAUGCGGAGAACUCGGAAAUACCGUGGCAACCACAAGAUUUUGAAUACAUGGACGACGAACUCGAGGAAGACGAGGAGGACGAGGACUCAUCGACGAGUGGGUUCCAAUGGUCCAAAGACCGUGCCGAACGAAUCUACCGCAAACGGGCCCUCAAAGCUCUCGGGAUGGAAGUCAUUGAGGAGGACUGGUACCGGACCGAGUUGCGACGAAUGACCACCGCAUCCGAGUUGAACGAAAUGGAUGCGGUUUUCACCUUCUUGUUUGGCAACGCAGAAUCCAACAACCGUCGUCGCCGGCAACAAAAGGACGGCAGUACUACCAAAAUGUCGAAGCGCGCCAUUCGCCAAGUACAAGAGAUAGCCCAGGCGAUGGGAGUUGUGGGCACUGGCUUGCAAGGUGAGCCCGCUCGGUCAUCAUCGUCGUCGUCGUCUUCGAGCAAUGCGUCGUGGGAUGAUGACUUUUUCCCGGAAAUGCUAGAUCUCAAGUGGCCUCCCGAGGGCCGUUUGGUGGAACGAGACUGUACGUGCGACAUGUGGGAACGAAUACGAUACCGCUACUGA